AUGGUUCAAGUCUCCACCCUGGCCACUCUGGCCGUAGCCGUCGUCGGCGUUCACUCAUUCGGCGCCAAAUGCCCGGACAACAAGUGUGCUCAAAAGGCCACGCCGUACUGUAGCUCCUACCUGGGCGUGCCCGCUGGCAAGACUGUUACAUCCACCACAACCUCCACUACAACUGUCAUCGUCACCAAGUACACCAACACCAAGAAUGUUCGCGGCAAGCCUACUACGAUCACCACCACAAUCACGGUCCCAAAGACAGAGAAGACCACUGUGACCUCGACUAGCGCCACUGAGACCCAAUCCACUGUGACUGUGGCGCCAACUUGCAAGGCACCAACUGUCAUCCCUGAUGUCCCAUCGGAGCUCGACCCAGAGGGCAUUCUUCUCAAGAGACAGAACCACAGCUAUGGCCAGCCAUACGGCCAGCCAGCCAAGCCAACCAAGCCAGCGUGCAUGAACUCCUACAAAGAGCGCGCCGACGUGACUAAGGCUUGCAAGUGUCUUUCUAUCAAGCCUUCGGUCACGACCGUGAAGAAGACUGCUACUAUCACUCAGACUAGCACUGUCAAGAAAUGCAAGGAAAUCACAACAGCACCUACCGUUACUAGCACCACUACGAUUGAGAAGGGCAAGACGACAAAGACUGAGACGACCACAACCAUUCUGAUCAAGACUCUCGAUCCGACUACGGUCACUGAAGGCCCUAUUGCUAUUCCAACAUCGUUCAACAUCGUGAGCAGCAACGCUCAAUUCGCCUUUGGCAAUGCUCCUGGCCCAGUAAUCCCUAACGGUCUUUAUGCCACAAUCGAUCCCGUUACGGAGGGUGGGCCAGUUGGUCAGCAGCAGCCCAUCGAUUUUGCCCAGGCAAUUGCUCAGCUCGCCACCGUCUUCAGCCUUGGAGAGGAUGGCGCUCUGACCAUUGGCGAUGACCAGGGGACCUUUGAACAGACGGCAUUCUUCACCACGGGCGAGGUCCUCGACGUGACGGGAGGCGACAACGACCCUCUGUUGAUUACCUAUGGUGCCGAUGCUGACCAGACCAAGCCUGUGUCCUGCGUAAUCGCCGCCAAUGAGGAUGGCACUUGCGGUCUUACAUGCACUGGUUCCGGCUUCGCUCCAGAAGUUCAAUACAUUUGUGGUCUUGACAAGUCUUUCUACAUCGGCUCUGGUCAGGAUGCUGAGUCUGGCGAUGCCACUUGCUUCGCAUUCUCGCCUCUUGUGGUCGAUGCCGCCUCGGUCACUAUUGAGCUACCAGAGACUGGCGAUCUGCCAGACCUUGGCGAUAUUCCGGACCUUACUUCAGGGGGUGGAGCUGUACUCAAGAAGAUCGCUCAACAGACUGUUGACAAGAGUGUACAUAGCUACGGUCGUCGCAUAUAA